AUGCGGCAUGAAAAUCAGAUGUCUCAGUUGUCUAUUUGCAUCGCCGAAAAGCUUGCUACUUUACCAUCUACACCCUAUAAACCUUACCUGUUCAGAAUAAACGAUGCACUACGUAGAGAGAACAGUGAAGCAUACGAACCAGAAAUAGUAGCAAUUGGUCCUUAUCACCGCGGCAAAGUUAAGAUACAAAUGAUGGAAGAACACAAACUAUUGUACCUGCAAGAGUUGCUUAAACGGAGAAAUGAGUUGAGUGUGGAUAUGUAUGUCAUAGCCAUGCAAGAAUUGGAACAAAAAGCUAGAAAGUGUUAUGCUGAACCCAUUAAAAUGAACAGGGAUGAGUUUGUGGAAAUGAUGCUACUUGAUGGGUCCUUUAUAAUCGAGUUAUUUCGCAAGUUCUCUUGUGAAGAACAGGAACAGAUAGAUGACCCUAUUUUUCAAGCAAGUGUCAUUUGGCUGAAUAUACGCUGUGAUCUUUUGUUAUUUGAGAAUCAACUUCCAUUCUUUGUCCUCUCCAAGUUAUUUGACAUGAGCAAAGAUCCAAACCAUGGAGACCCACAAGAGAAUAUUUUAAUCUUAGCUCUCAGGUUUUUACUUGAUGCCAUUCCAGAUAUCUCGUAUUUCAGACAUGCUAAAAUGCCACAUAACAAUGUCAAUCAUCUUUUGGGUCUUGUACAUGAUACUUGUGUUGGGAUUUAA